AGAGAAAACUGCAUCUGCUUUCACUGGCAUCUCCUGCACUGGAUGAAGCAGACAGCUAGCUAAGAUGUUGCUACUUGCAUUUGUUGAAUCAAGAACUGUUUCCUAAAAGCCCUCAAGAAUAACUGGAUGCCUUUGUAUAUCAGAAAAAAUGGACCAAACAAAAUCCAGAAGCUUUUAUAAAGAACAAUACUGUGAGGGGAAAACAGCAGCAAUGCCGAUGUCCAUCCCGCAAAGACAACGGCAGGAAGUCUUCUACUGCUCACCUGGCUACCAGUCUGAGUACACGCUCUUCCAUACUACCCGAAUCAUCAAGUAUGUCUUUUUGGAUGGAAGCCAGAAUAUUGUCCCAUUGUCUCAGGCCUCAUCUGGCUUUGAGUCUCAACUUGGCUAUCUGGAGUCUAGCAAGGGCUAUUACUAUCCACUUGUCAUUCCGGAACACAGCCUGGCCAACUCCUUUUGGCCACCGGACCUUGGGCGUCUUCCCAUUUUCGUCACUCUCUCCAAGGCCCAGGAGAAGUCAAAUGCUGGCUGGGGGCGGCCCCUUUUUUCUCGGGAUCGGUUACCUGUGUUCCGGCAGUUGUGUGGAGAAGGGGUGGUGUUAACAUCCCAUAACCAUGAGAAUAAAGCGGGCCUGAAACCAAGCAAAGAUGAAUGGGAUAAAAUUGAGGAUUCAAAAGCACAGGAACUAGGAGGAAAUAUAGGCAGAGAGGAAGAGGAAGAAGAAAAGGAAGAGGAAGAGGAAGAGGAAGAAGAAGAGGAGGAGGAGGAGGAGGAGGGGGAAGAGGAGGAAGAGGAGGAGGAAAAGGAAGAUAAAAGCUGCAUGCCCCAGAACAACUGCCCAGGAAAGGGGAGCUAAGCUCUAAGGGUUUUUUUUUUUUCCGGAUUCACAAUAAAACCUGUGGUGCCAAA